AAAAAGGGACAGCGGCCGGCCAUUCUUUGCCGUGGUGAUACAAUCGUCUGUACUGUAGUGAAUUUUCCAAAGAUUUUUCAAUUUAUCUUUUAAAAAAUCCUCAACUAAGUGUUUGUGCCGAUUUAAAGUCUGAUUUUUCUAUUGUGUAAUGUGGUCUCGUCGUGGAAGAGAAAGUAGCUGGUUGCAUUUAGCGUUGGCAGUGUGUAGUCUGGGUAUAUUAGUUCUGACGGAAAUACCCCGUCCCCGGGGGGUUUCCAUCUCGCGAGCAAGUCUUUAUCAGGUGGAUAGCGGAGGUAAAUUUGUUUGCCUAGACGGUCGAAAGACGAUCCAAUGGGAGCAGGUCAAUGAUGAUUACUGCGACUGUGAGGACGGAAGUGAUGAACCGGGCACGGCAGCCUGCGCCAAUGGCGUAUUCCAUUGUACCAACGCAGGUUUCAAGCCACUCAAUUUGCCUAGCAGUCGUGUCAAUGAUGGCAUCUGUGACUGUUGUGAUGCUUCGGAUGAGUACGCCUCCGCGGUUAGUUGUAUCAACACCUGCAGCGAGCUAGGUAAAGAGGAUCGACUUCGGGAGAAACAACGAGCAGAGAUGGCCAAGAUGGGCAGUCAACUGAGGGCGGAGAUGAGCCAGCGUGGAAAAACUAUGAAGGAAGAACAGCGCGUCCGUUUUGCCGAGUUGGAACGAUCAAAGGCGGAAGCGGAAGCACUGAGUAAAGAAAAGACGGCCAUUAAAGAGGACGCGGAAGCAUUGGAAAAUGCUGCCCUGAAAGUAUAUCGUGAUCGAGAGGAAGAAGCUAAACGUGCUAAACAGGAAGCAGAAGCUUUAAGUAAUCGGGACGAAGCGGAAGAGGUGUUCCGUAAAUAUGAUUCCAACCAAAACCAGCUGCUGGAAAUCGUUGAGCUGCAAACACGAGUCGUGUUCGAUCGCGAUCGGGAUGGUUCCGUGACGGAAGAAGAAGCACGCUUCUUUUUGGACGAACACGAUCAGGUGGAUUUCGAAACGUUUGUAACGCUGUGUUGGCCCAAAAUCAAGCCAUUUUUGAUGCUCGACUCGGGUCUGUUCAAACCACCGAGUGAUGCAGAAGAGUUGGAAAAGGAAUCCGAACAUUACGAAGCGGAAGAAGCCGAACUGCAGAACGAGCCAGAGGAUGGCUAUGACUUAGAUGGAAGUGAACCGAGUCCGCCGUAUCAGGACGAAGAAGGUACCGAAAUUGAGCAGGAAGAAGAGGAUGAUGACGAGGGUAUGGACGAUCAGGAAGUUGGCGAGGGACAAGUCGAAACGGCUGAGGUACCAAAGCCGGAAUAUGACGCCGAGACGCAGGAAUUGAUUCGUCAGGCCAACAAUGCCAGAAAUCAACUCACCGAAGCAGAGCGCCACGUUCGCGAAAUUGACACGGAAAUGAAAAAAAUUGAAGAUUUGCUCAACAAAGACUACGGAAAAGAUGAAGAAUUCGCCCCGCUCAACGGGGAGUGUUUGAACUUUGAAGAUCGGGAGUACGUGUACAAGCUUUGUCCCUUUGACAAAGCUAUACAGCAGCCCAAGAAUGGUGGCGCAGAAACAAGAUUGGGUGUUUGGGAAAAGUGGGCCAACACAGAUUACACUGCCAUGAAAUAUAAUAACGGAGCAACUUGCUGGAACGGACCGGCGCGGUCCGCGUUUGUCCAUCUGGACUGUGGACUUGACAGCAGAAUCCUAUCCGUGACUGAACCAAACCGGUGCGAGUACGAGUAUCGCAUCCAAACACCAGCGGCUUGUACGUUCAAAGAAAGUAACAGCAAGGAUCAGCUUCACGAUGAGCUGUAAAAGACGACGGUCAUCGUUCAUCUUCAUUUCGAACACCUUCAUCAUAAGUUAAAAGCAGAUUGAGGAACAAAACAAUGGGACAAGUAUUAAAUAACAGGACGAUAUUUUAAUACCUACUUUGAAAAGAAACAGCAUCGUAUUGGCAAUGAAUUUUCGAAUAGCGUUGGUGGUUAGACUCAGGAAAACAGUUGAUCGAACGAACGAGUGUAGUUGUAUAUUAUUUUUUGUAAUAAAUUCGGAUGUGCACAUUCCUCUAUUUUAUAGGAUCGCCUAUUAGCGCCAAACGAAACCAACUGUUUUCGCAAGGGCGAUGCAGAAAGCGUUAAUUGAACCGUGUAGUUUACAAUAUGGCAUUGAUAAAUCUACUUUCUGAUGUUGUAAUAAAGUGUCAAUAAUGAUAAUAAAAAACAA